AUGAUAUAUUUAAUCUCUCUCUGUCUAUUGAAUUCAGUAUUGGGACAACUAACCUAUGAUUCGGGACUGUUUACUGGAUUUAGUAUUUCAUGUAAUAGCGGACACACAGAAACUUAAACCAUUCCAUUUAAUGGAAUAUUUGCAAAUACCCCAUAAGUUAUUGUCAGUCUCGAAUAUCUUGAUAUGAAUAUAGGAGCAGACUUUAGAAUUUCGACUCAAAACAUUAAACUUAAUAGUAAGAAUUUCAUAUAUUCUAGGUUUUGAUUUACAUAUUGAAUGUUUAACAAGUGCUAAUGUGUAUAGGAUUUACCAUUAGUGGUAUGCAAUUGAUGACAGUAGAAUCUAAGUCAUAAACAACUUUAACAUGGUGAAUGUAGAUGAUAAAAUAUUCGAUCACUAGAAUCCAAAUGCUAAUUAUGGAAUCAUAUCUUUCAUAAGUAUGGGAAUGACUGGGAAUAUUGAUUUCUAAUUGUCAGUAAAAAUGAUGUAAUUAUAUAGAUUUCUUCAAUUACUACAACUUAGGUUUCAGUUGGAAUCACAAAAGUCGCCGGAAAAUUUGCUAAUUUAAACUAAAUUGGAUAUUAAAUUAUUUUAGGCAUACAAGAAGCAUUCUAUGAUACAAAAAUAAUCUACAGAUCCAGUAAUUAUAAUAGUGGAACCCUUACUUAGCAACCAGAUAGGUGGUUAUUUUUAACAUAUAAUGGGUUGCAAUAAAGCACAUACUUUAGACAAAAAUUUGUUCGUACAGCUGUUUCCUAAUCCUACACAGUUAAUACAUGUACAUUUUCUGAUAUAUUUAGGGCAAGGAACGUUCAUUGUGAAUUAUCAUCAAAGGAGUUGGAUAGCCUAUAAAUAUACAACUGAAUUUAAAGCCUUUUUGUGUUUUACUUUAAGAAUAUCUUAAUCUCUUGAUAGGGAAGUUUCAUAAAAACCUUAAAUAUUUGUUGAUAUUAGUGAAUUAAAUUAAUCAUUCUAAUAAUCAGGAUAUUUGUUACUUGAGAAAACAGUAAGCCUAUUAAGUUUCAAAAUAUACAUGAAAUGUAUAAAAACAAAGACCAUUGUUAGUCAAUUUCUCAAAUAUUAGAGUUAUUCAACCAGUAACCAAUAUUAUUCAUUCUCACAUUACUGUCAUGGAUAAAUUGAUGCAGUAACUUAUUUUCCAAAAUUUUAAUUGGUUGAAUCCUCCUAUAAAGAAUUAAAUAUCAAUAUUUUUGUUGAUAGCAUAACAAUCACAUAAACCUUAUUUAAUUAGGUUAAAUCUAUAGAAACACUAGUAGAAAUCAAAUUCAAACUUUGA